AUGGAACCUGUUCCCGAAACUGAUUAUGCAAAGAGUGAAGCAUAUUACAUUCCUCAUUUUCCAGUUUUGAGAGAGUCUAGUACAACAACGAAAUUGAGGGUGGUGUUUGAUGCAUCGUCCAAAUCAUCAUCAGGAUACUCCCUAAAUAAUCUAUUGAUGGUGGGCCCACGCGUGCAGUUGGAAUUGUAUCCCAUUCUACUUCGAUUCAGAACAUUUCCAGUUGCAGUCUGUGCCGAUGUGGAGAAAAUGUUUCGACAAAUAAGGGUACAUCCUGAAGACGUAGAUUGGCAGAGAAUUUUGUGGAGAAGUAAUUUAGAAGAACCGGUAAAAGAAUACAGAUUGCUCACGGUAACGUAUGGAACUGCAAGUGCGCCAUUUCUCUCCACGAGAACAAUACAUCAGCUUGCCUUAGACGAGAAGGAUAGCUAUCCCCUUGCUUCAAACGCUACAUUGAAUCAUUUUUACGUUGAUGACCUUUUAAGUGAUGCGUCAUCGGAAGAAGAAGCAUCUGAGCUUGUGAAGCAGUUAAAGACUAUGAUGGCAAAGGGAGGAUUUAAUCAUCGUAAGUGGAAAUCUAAUAAUACCAACUUGAUUAAAGAAUUCCUAGAUGAAGAAGAGACUGCAAACUUAGAAACUGAAGUUAAGGUUCUUGGUAUCCAGUGGUGUCCAAAAGCUGAUUAUUUUAGUUUUAGCAUUGAGUCUGUGAAACAAAAGCUAGAAUACUCCAAGAGGGAAAUAUUGUCUGAGAUUUCCCGUGUAUUUGAUCCUUUGGGAUUGCUUUCUCCUUGUGUAGUGUGUAUGAAAGUGUUUCUUCAAGAAUUGUGGAAGUAUAAGCUUUCUUGGGAUUAA